AUGUUUUCUAGGUUGUUACGUCCUCACGACCAUGAAGGAACUAGGAGUCAUCUUCAGAAGUAUAGGCUCGGUAAACAAGCUGGAAAAGAUUCUGACGAGGGAUGCAAAGAUGGUUCAUAUCUUCUAGAAAGCCCUGGUACUGAAAACUCAUCUCCUAAAUUACUAGCUUCUGAUGCAAAUGAGGGUCAUGAAGUCAAGGAGGCUUUAAGAGCACAGAUGGAAGUGCAAAGCAAACUACAUUUACUAGUGGAGGCAGAGAAGCACCUGCUAAUUCUCCAAGAUGCAGAGCGAAGAUAUAUGACCACGCUUGAGAGAGCUUGUAAGAUGUUGGCUGAUCAGUUUAUUGGCGACACAACUAUAGACAACAGUACAUCCGUUUCCAACUUUGGCAAGUUUCGGUAA